GCCAGAGAAGCCUUGCAGCGCGUGCAGCCGGAGAUCAGCAAGAUUUCGCAAGCCCUCCGAGACAGGAGCCAAGGUUGGGCAUGGGAGCUCCAGCGUGCAAGAGGGACAUGUGAAAGCAUGUGCCGAUCCACGGUCGCGUGGACUUCGGACCUGGCGGGUCGGCUUCCUGUUGCUGGUCAGGUGCUCUUGGGGGCUUUUCGGCGGGAGCUGCAGGAGCUCCAGGAGCAAGGUCGUGCGGAAAGGACGCUCCUGCAAACGUUGGAGGCAUACUCCCGAGUGCUCUGCUCCUCUGCUUGUGAGGCAGUGCUGGAGCUUCGCCCCCAACAUGUGGCACUGGCUGGAACUACACCCACAAGUCCUGCGUUUGGCAACGAACGUGGAGGCGCCAGAUCACGUGGUGGCAGCCCACUUCCUCCAAAGGCUCCGCUUGAUGGCGAAAAGAGGAGCUGCAGCCUUCCGCGAAAGGCUCGCAGCGAGGAAGGCAUCGAUAUCAACAUCAUCGAGGUUUCACACGGCAACACGGCGCCAAAGCUGCCAGAGGUGCGUCGCCCCGGGGUGUCCGUAUUCGGUGCGAUGCGGCGGCUGGCAUCACCGCG